CGGCCUGUUGCUGUGGGAACUGCUCCGAGGGCCCCGGGUCGGACCCUGAACCCGGCAUGCAUUGAGAGCCUGCUAGCCGCGCUCUGUGCCAGCCUCCAUCUCCGCUUCCAAGUGUUUGCGGGUUUGGGCCUCCUGCCGGGGAGUCCACCUCACGGUCAAGUCGCUGGGCUGUGGCUAUCGCCUCUUCCUGCGGCACCAGGCUCCGCCCGCCUCAAAGUCGACUUAAGUGCUCCUCUGUGCACUCCUGUUUGGAGGAAACACCCUCCUCACGGCGGUGUGCACGUUGGCCUGCAGGAGAAGAUGCACUUUCUGGACUUCUCCCAGGCAGAAGGAAGUCAUUAUGCAACUAACACAUUUUCAUCAGAUUUCCUCUGAUUUACCUUAAGUAUAUGUCGGAAUGAUGUGCACUGCCAAGAAAUGUGGAAUUAGGUUCCAGCCUCCAGCUAUUAUCUUAAUCUAUGAGAAUGAAAUCAAGGGAAAAAAUCGCCAGCGCAUCAUGCCAGUCCGAAACUUUUCAAAGUUUUCAGAUUGCACCAGAGCUGCUGGACAAUUAAAGAAUAAUCCACGACAUAAGACUUACCUGGAACAAGUAUCCCUGAAGCAGCUAGAGAAAUUAUUCAGUUUUUUACGAGGUUACUUGAGGGGACAGAGUUUAGCAGAAACGAUGGAACAAAUUCAACGGGAAACAACCAUUGAUCCUGAGGAAGACAUGAACAAACUAGAUGACAAAGAUCUUGCCAAAAGGAAGAGCAUCAUGGAUGAACUUUUUGAGAAAAAUCAGAAGAAGAAGGAUGACCCAAAUUUUGUUUAUGACAUUGAGGUUGAGUUCCCACAAGAUGAACAACUGCAGUCCUGUGGCUGGGACACAGAGUCGCCUGAUGAAUUCUGAUACUGAAUACUCAAAAAAUUUAUUGGGCUAGCAGAAUAUCCAUGUUUAUACAAAGAACAUAGAUUGGUUCUAGAAGAAGCUGUAAAGAACACUAAAUGUAUAUGUUGGGUCAUAAUUGGGUUGACCGUGUUAUUUUUCAAAACCAGGAUAUGUAGGUACAUGAGGAACGUAGAAAUCUGCCUUUAAGGAGCUUGUAAUCUAAUUGGAAGAUAAGUCAAAACCUUGUGAAAAGCUAAUUAACAGUAGUAGGAAGCAAAAGGAAUAGAGCCAGAUGCCUGAUAAGGGCUAAAGAAAGUCAGAUCGUGGUAGGGUAGAAUAGUCAGGGAAAACUUUGUCCUUUAGUGGAGAGAGAGGACUUUGCCUGGCCCUUGAAAUGGUAGUAUUUGGAUAGAAGCUUGUAUAGGAUUCCAGAUGAGAGCAACUGGAAAAAAGGGGAAGGGCGGUGGUAAAGAGACAAGAAAUAGAAAUUUUUAUUUUAGGAACAGUGAGCAAAUUAAAGUUUGACAAGAUUGGAGAGCAUAUAUGGUUAUCAGGGAAUUAUCCUAUAUGCAUUAUGUCUUUAUAUGUAUUUAACUGUUUUAUAUGUAUUUAACUCUGGAGUAGAAGAGUACCCCUGUACAAUGCCCUGCAGCUGCAAGGGGAUGUCAUUGAUGGACAGCAGUGGAGUUCUGCCCAUUUGGUAUCAGGAAAUAUAUACUAAAGACAUUCUGAAACCCUUAACCUCUUCUCAUAAAUGAAAGAUUUGUUUGUUGAAUGGGAAAUCCAUCCAUAAUAAAUGAACAAUAGGCACUGCCAGUUUAGGCCUAGUCAUGACUUUGGAUCUACAAAGAGAGGAUCUUUGUUUAACAAAGUUAUCUGUGUACAGAUACAUUUAUUCCUACCAGAGUACUAUUUAAUUGGUAGAAAUUCUAUUUUGUACAAGGAAAUUAGUAUUCAUCAAAUAAAGCUGUAAAAAUAGUUACUCAUAUUUAUACCUGUCCAUCCCUACUCUGUUCACCGUUAAAUGCCCCAUUUGAGGGGUCAUUCUUGUAGUGAUAUCACCAGGGUCUUAAGAUAGUCACAUUUCAUAUGUAUAUUUUCCAAA